CACGCGCUUCUUCUUCUUGUCCCGUUGCCUCACAGACCGACUGCACUGUCGGUAAUUUAGAGCAAGAAUAACAAAGAAAUAAAUCAACCCCAACACCCCCAACACACCACCCCUCUCCCAGGAUGCCUGGAGCCGAGGAGCGGGCUCUCCUGGAGCUGAACCUGCGGAGGGAGACGUGGUGCCAGGUGGAGGUGAACGCCGCGCGGUCCUGGGAGCGGACCGAGAGGAGACACUACCGGGGCCACCUGCGCUCCAGCCCGGUCCUCCUCACCGCUCUGACCGCCGGACCGCAGCGGGGGUCGGCCCGCAGCGAGCGGCCGCCCGCCUCCAAGCUGCCGGAGAGGAGGCACUUCGAGGAGAGCUAUCAGUCACAGCUGGUCUAGACGACAACAAACACACAAGAGACCUGAAGAAACUUCAAUGUUCAUCAAUACUAAUAUAGAUAAUAAAAUAUCCUCUCAUAAGAGUUUUACAUGAGUAUUAAAGUGUUCACCUUUGUCUUCUUUGUA